AUGUUUCUCAAAACGUUCCUCCGUACUUAUUCAAGCGGAAAAACAAAAGAAAUCAUCAAGUUUUAUUACGACUUCAAAUCACCAUAUAGUUAUCUAGCGUUAGAUUCGGCUUUUCAACUCGAAAAGGAAUAUCCUGUUCGGGUGCGUUUCGUGCCGUGGGCUUUUCGUCCAGAAGAAUCGUUUGGUGGAAAUCUGCAAGAACGGAAUCGGUUGAAUUGGAAUAAAGUUCGAUACUUAUAUUUGGAUUGUCGGCGUUUCGCCAAUGAACGCGGAAUGACUAUUCGCGGACCGGAACGGUUAUUCAAUUCACAUCUGUCACUGAUUGCGGGUUUAUAUGCUGAUAAAAAUGGAUUCUUUCCUGUCUUUGCACAACAGACGUUUCAACGAUUCUUCAAUAGACAAUUAAAUCUCGAAGAUAUGGAAGAGAUAACGAAACUUUUGUAUGAAACAUCGAAGAAGGAUGUUCCGUAUGAGAAACUUGCGCAAGACUUCCAAAGUUAUGCUCAAAGUCAGGGCGAACAGGAUUAUUCGAAUGCUGAGAAAGAAGCGGAAGAAGAUAAGAUUUUCGGUGUUCCAACAUUUGUUGUUCGCGGUGAACCAUUCUGGGGCAACGACCGGGUUAGAUGGGUAAUGAAAAAACUCGACACAUUAAAAUAA